AUGGACAGUGGCCUCAGGGUCCUCCUGUCCACUGUGCUGUGUCUGAGCCACUCGCUGCUCAUCAGCUGCUCAUACCAGUACCCGUCGUUCCUGUCUGAGCCCUCCUCUGUGGUCCAAGGAGCCGGAUCAGUGGUUCAUUUGCACUGCUCAGUAUCGCCUCCGUCAGCAGCGGUAUCGUGGCAUUUUAAGGGCCGGCCGCUGGACCAGGACGUCCUCUCUGCAGUGGAGAUCCAUGGAGGCUCUCUCACCAUCUCAUCUUUAAAACCCAGCCAUGUCGGCCCCUACUACUGCGUGACCCCCUUCGCCCAAGGGCCCGCCAUCGCCAGCAGCCCCGCGCACGUGGCUAUUGCAGAAAUUUCAGAAUAUGAAGAAGGCAGACGGCGGUCGUUAUCGGCGCAGGAGGGUAGUACUGUUGUCAUAGAGUGCCCUUUACCGCGCAGUGUUCCUCCAGCGUUACCAAGGCUACGGGUUCAAGGGGAAUGGAUAGAAGAGUCAUCAGGUGACUAUUUAGUUCUUCCAUCUGGCAAUCUGCAAAUUUUAUCAGCAUCAACCAAACACCAAGGCAUGUACAAAUGUGGCGCUUACAACCCAGUAACCAGAGAAACUGUGAUGCAGACACAUGGCACCAAGCUCUCUGUCAAACAAUCCCCCGUGGACAGCUCCGCUCCCGUCCAAAUACUUUUCCCUUCUGUCCCGAUGACCGUCUCAGCGCGGCCCUCUCAUUCGCUAACACUGGAGUGCGUCAUUUCUGGGAGUCCGACACCGGCGACGAAAUGGUUUAAAAACGGAAAAGAAGUGACUCUCAAAUCUUCAAUUUAUCUUCAUCACAACAACCUCGUCUUCACUUCGACGUCACAAGAAGAUGCCGGGAGUUACACCUGUGCAGCCGAGUCUGGACACGGACUGGUCUUGAGUGUCGCCUACACUGUACAUGUUUUAGAACCUGUGUCGAUAGUAGAAGGAAUAACAAAUCAGCUGAAAAUUCCCGGCUCUUCCGCUCACUUCAGAUGCAAAGGGCGAGGGACCCCGAGCCCCAACAUCACCUGGAUGUUCAACACGGAACCUCUGAAACCUUCACAGCACUUUCAGGUGACACAAGAUUCACUCAUCAUCCCCAACGUGAGACCAGAAGAUGGAGGAAUGUACCAGUGUGUGUUGGACAACGGCAUCUCCGCAGUGCAGUCACAUGGGAUGCUUUCAAUCAAGUCAGACUCCCUGCUGUCUCCCACCAUCGCUGCUGUCCUCGAGGCCUCUCCUACAGCUCAUCCCAUGCAGAGUGACGAGGGUCUGGAACACUUCUUCAUAGAGGAGGACACUGAGCAGCUUCCGGCCGACAGAACCAACGACCGCCCCACACCAGAGGCCCCCAUCAUCACCAGCCCCCCACAAACCCACAAGCCCGACGUGUACGACCUGGAGUGGAGGGCCGGGCGCGACGGAGGAAGUCCCAUCAACGCAUACUUUGUGAAAUACAGAAAGGUGGAUGAAAUGGGGACGGUGGUGGGGAGCUGGCUGACAAUCCGUGUCCCGGGCUCAGAGAAAACCCUGCGUCUGUCGGAGCUGGAGCCGUCGAGUCUCUAUGAAGUCCUGAUGGUGGCUCGCAGCUCAGCCGGAGAAGGCCAACCCGCCAUGCUCACCUUCCGCACCGGCAAAGAAAAAAGCACCUCCUCCAACAAGAAUCCCUCCAAGCCUCCGGUCGUGUCGCUGCCUCCCAAAGCUCCUGAGGACAAAAUACCCAACACCCAUUUUGGAGUGGUCAUUCAUGACAGAGUUCCCGAGGCUCCCGACAGACCGACCAUCUCCAUGGCAACAGAAAGUUCAGUUUACGUCACGUGGAUCCCCAGAGCGAACGGCGGCUCUCCCAUCACAGCGUUCCGUGUGGAGUACAAGCGUGGGCGCAGUGCGGAGUGGGUCAUCGCAGCGGACAACAUCUCACCUCUCAAACUCUCUGUGGAAGUGCGAAACCUGGAGCCUGGCUCGACGUACAGGUUCCGUGUGGUGGCCAUGAACAUGUAUGGAGAGAGUCCACACAGCGUUCCGUCCAAGCCCUACCAGGUCCCUCAGGCCAGUCCCAGGAUGUCAGACCGACCGGUGCUGGGACCUCACAUCUCCUCCACUGACGCCAUCUCAGACACUCAGAUAAUGCUGCGCUGGACUUACAGCCCUUCCAGCAACAACAACACUCCGAUACAGGGCUUCUACAUUUACUACAGACCCACGGACAGCGACAAUGACAGCGACUACAAGAGAGACACUGUCGAGGGUGUGAAGCACUGGCAUAUGAUUGGACACCUGCAGCCCGAGACCUCCUACGAUAUCAAGAUGCAGUGUUUUAACGACGGGGGCGAGAGCGAAUACAGCAACGUAAUGAUAUGCGAGACCAAAGCGCGACAGGCCCCGGGCUCUCCCAGCCAGCACCCCUUCACUCCUCCAGGGCCACACCCUCAGGAGCCGGCCAGUCCUCCGGGGGGGCUGCUUUACAUGAUCGUCGGUUGUGUUCUAGGGGUCAUGGUUCUCAUCUUGUUAGCAUUCAUCGCCAUGUGUCUGUGGAGGAAUCGUCAGCAGAACAACAUGCACAAGUACCCCCCUGGUUAUGCCGGAUAUCAGCCAGCAGAGAUGAAUGGCCAUGUUCUCGAGUACACCUCAGUGGCUCGCAACAACCACAUCAAUGGAGGUGUGCAUGGGAGCUAUGGACACAAUGGCCAGAUGUUGUCCCAGGGGUGCCAUCAUCUCCACCACAAACUCCCCAACGGCCUGUCUUUAAUAAACGGUACCGGAGGCCUGUUCUCACCGGGACACUCACACAGCCAUGACGGGACGCUGCCCCACAGCACGCGGGACUGCGAGCACUCACACUCGUACCAUCACCAUAAUGGUGGAGGCAUCUACACAGCACUUCCUCAAACUGAGUCGUCUGAUUGUAUGAGCUGUCAAAAUCUUUGCAACAACAACAGCAGAUGUCACAACAAAACCAAUGGCACUUUCUCCAGUGGCACUCUCCCACUAAUGCACCGUGUGGCCGGCUGCCAGCAGGACGGCCUGGAGAUGGUUCCUCUGGGACAGGUGUCACAGCACUGCCCUGAGCACCACUCUCACACUGGGGACCCAGAACACAACGGCCCGUACCCGCAGGAGCCACGGGGGUCACCGUCACAGCACUCCUGCUGUCUGGGCGACAACACUGACAGCUCAGACAGAACCGGGGACGAGGAGCCGGAGUGCUUGGACCUGGAGGGGACCAUGGUGUGCUGGGAGGCGCUCACGCUGACCGACUUGGACUGUGACGAAAAGCCAAGCUGGAUCUCAAGUAGCAGCCGCGGAGGAGAGCUGAUCCAGGCUGGACCGCAGGAGGUCUGA